CUUGGCAAUUGGUGACGCGAAAGUGCUUUUGCGGCACUCUUUGAAAGUCGAAGAGAGAGAGAGGAGCCGUGGCACUCGUCUCUAUCCACAAUGAAGCGCGAAAAGCCCAAAAAAAUUUUAAAAAAAAUCAUGGGGUUGUGAUGUGUGGGAGGAGGUUGAGGGGCAAAGUUGAAGGGCGUGAACCCGCCAAUUUUGCACCUUGGCAAAAGGAUUUUGGUGCAUUGUCUCUCCAAUGUCGAAUACUAUUCGCUAGUGUGCAGUUUUGCGGUAGUUUUGUGGGUGAUUUGACGUUGGGUGGAGCUGGUGGGAGCGGUGGUUGAACGUUCGGUAGCAUGACAAAAUUUGCCACCAAUUUCGAUUCUGAAUGGUGGACCAUUGCAUCACCCAAUGAGCCAAGCAAAUCAUCAACCCUCCACUUCCUUUUUCACUUCUUGCCAUCAUUGGUGUGUUAGGAUGGAAACUCAGCCUCAGAAGAGAGAGAAAGCGAGAGAACGAACUUUAACACGCCAACAAAUCCAAAAACUCACACGUUGUUCAUGCGAAUAUUUAGACGUUUUGAACGUGGCACUUUUUCACAUCAGCACUCUGCAUUGCGUAUUGCGUGGCAAUUACACUUUGUUAUUCGUGCUAUUGUAUUGCCAGCUCACUUGUUGACUUUGUGUGCUUGUUUGCUGACCUCAGAAAGGCUCGCUCGUUCUCCUCUCUCUUACAAGAACCGUCUGUCGCUUCUGGAACUGUCAAACACACACAUCCUCAAACUCGCUCAAAAGGCUUCACGAAUACACACCGCGACCUCGCAAAUGGCGCUUCAACGUCACACGCGACCAGGCGAUCCUGCUGCGCCAACAGGGUCGGAUGCCGAGGCCGCUCUCAAGAUUGUCGGGAGAUACGUCUACCAUCCUCAAACAGACCGCAUCGGUCGCGGAUCCUUUGCCACCGUCUACCGAGCGCGCUACGCUGAUGCACCCGGAUACGUUGCCAUUAAGCGAAUCAAAAAGCAAAAACUCAGCGCACGCCUCAACGAGAACUUGGAUCGCGAAGUUGAUAUUUUGCGCCUCGUCAAGCAUCCGCACAUUGUUCAGCUCUACGAAAUCCAGGCUUCCAAGGAGAAUGUGUACCUCAUCAUGGAGUACUGUGAUGGUGGGGACUUGUCACAAUUCAUUCGCAAGAAAAAACUGCUCCCCGAAGAGCUUGUUCGCUCUUACACGCAACAAAUUGCUUCCGCUCUUGAAGCUCUGCGCAUGUUCAACAUUGUGCACCGAGAUCUCAAGCCGCAAAAUCUCAUGCUGGUCAAGCGAGAAACCGUCAUCAAGAUUGCCGACUUUGGCUUUGCGCGCUACCUUCAGACCGACACCAUGGCGGAAACUCUGUGUGGCUCACCACUGUACAUGGCGCCAGAGAUUCUUGAAUCCAAGCAAUACGAUGCCAAGGGCGACUUGUGGAGCGUUGGCGUCAUUCUGUACGAAUGUCUGGUCGGGCACGCGCCAUUCCGUGCCGACAACUAUCUCGAGCUGCUCCGCACCAUCAAAACAUCCAAGGACCGGAUACCACUCCCGCCGAACGCGUCGAUUGAGUGCCGCGACGUGAUUGCUGGUCUGAUGUGCGUCGAUCCAGAGCGACGCAUUGGGUUUGACGAUUUCUUUGCCCACCCGUUCGUCGCCCUCCAGCAGUACAAGACUCGUUUGCGCACGCUCGACCCUGGCUUUGCCAAGCAGGAUGAGGAACAGCGCCAACUCGCCGUUGCCAAGCAUUUGGCGUCGGCAUCACCCGUCCCGGCCGACGCUUCCGCUUCUCAAAGGCUUCAGGCGACCCAAGCCACGCGCAGACCUUCACACCCGACUGACGUGGUGGACCCUAUUAUCGCUGCCUCUGACGCCCGACAGGAAGGACGGCCCCGCGCUGCCACUCACAGCGGCGGCGACACUCGAACCCACCUGGCUCAGGCGCAAGCCCAGGCCGAGCGCCCCGCCCAGCCCAUUGCCCAAACCGGCAAGUCCCAAGCCGUUCAAAUCCUCUCGGCAGUCCAACGCGCCGCCACCGCUGCAGCAGCCACAGCAGCAGCUGCUGUCAUCAACCGCGUCACCUCCAGCCCAAACUUGGCGGCGAACCCUGCCCGAUCGACGCCCAGCCGCGGGUCUGUCUCUCGGCCACCCCGCGCUGAAACUCCGCCUGGUGUCUCCUCGUUGGAUGAAUUCACCUUUACCGACGGCACACCUGCCGACAAUGGCCGCUCUCCUGCCGACUCUGGCCAGUUUGUUGAAAGCCAGCCUGUCAGCCGGCCCAACAGCGCCAUGAACGCCUUCACCGCGGCACCAGCUCUCGUGUCCACCAAGCCCCAGCCCCAAACGGUGCAAGGCCUUGCCGGCUCGGUCGAAGACUAUGUGCUGGUCGGUCCCUCCCAGCAAGUGUCGGUCAACGCUUUUGCCGACGCUGUGGCCCGCAACAAGGUCCCUAGCUCUCGCUUUGUUCCACCGAGCACCACCACCACCACCACCACCACCACCGCUACCACUACCACCACCACAGCUUCCUCUGGCAUGCCUGUCCCGCAAAAGAGCGGCGCCUCGGUUGCAAUGAAUCAAGCCAUGACUGACGACCUUCGCCAGCACUCUCCUGGCACCGACGCCAACCGUGGCGAGCAAGCCGAACCUGACGAAGAAGACGAGCGCACCCUGCAAACCGCGUCCCCCACUUUGGGUGAACGAUUUGGCGAGCAUCGUGACAACAGUUUUGCUUCUCGUGUUCCGCUGACCAACCCAGCCACCAACUUCCGUGAACGUGCCAAAACAUACGCAUUCGGCACCUCGCCUUCUCGAGGCAGCACUCCGCACACCCCGCCUGCCGACGAAGAUCGCGCUGUCCAACUGGCUCUGGCGACGUCGCCCACCAACAACACCACGCCGCACUCCCCGACCUUGAUGGGCACUAGCCGCGUGAUUCUGAACAAGUUUGCGGACUUGUUCUACUCUUCUUCUGCAUCCUCCAAUGUGCAGCCCGUCACCGAUGCCUACCUUCUCGGCACUUCCCCCUCGCGUCGCGCCAUGUCCUCGUCCUCGCGCUCCUUUGACGAGAAUGUCUUGUUCAGUCGCAUUGAAUCGGCUGCGCAGCAUGCGUUCGCCGUUCAGCGCUUGGCCAAGAUUCUCAACAGCGGCCAGCAGUCGACAGGACCGUUGAAUGACGACGGCACUCAGGCGCUGCUCUUGUACAUGCGCGCACUCGAGUUUUACUUUGAGGGCAUCAACCUGUCCCGACAGCUCGUGCGCAACAACGCCAGCAUCCCCUCGGAUGUCAACUCGAUGAUUCAGCUGCUCCGUAGCAAGAUCAACGACUGCAUCGACUCGGUGGAUAGCCUCCGCUCCCGCGUGCCGCCAAACGCUCCCCUUUCCUUCGACUUGUCCGUUGAGAAGGUCAUUUACGAGAAUUCCAUCAUGCUGGCCCGGGAGGCCGCAGUUCGCGAGUUACUCGGACACUUCCAGGAUGCGCAGGAGGCGUACUGGUGUGCGUACUUUUUGCUCGAAUCGCUGCUGAUGGACCGCGGCGAGACUCCGCUGGAAGAGUCUGACAAGGCCCUCGUCAAGCGCUACUCGGCCUCGGUCUCAAAGCGCAUCCACAUUCUGCAGCAACGCCUGUCGACCAGCAAUGGCUCCCAGCCCAUCUCCCUGUCCAGCUCGGUUGCUGCUGGCUCACCGACCCAUCAGCAGAACGCUCUGGCGGCUCAGUUGACUGCCUUUACGACCGGCAACAGUCUGUACCAACAUGGUGGUCAACUAUUUGGCGUGUCUCCCGAGUAAAAAGGAAAAAACAGACAGUCCGAUCGAUCGAUCUGUUUGUUCCACUCGCAGAUCCUUCAUUUUCAUUUUGUUUGAUUCUCUGCCUCAACGUAGAGGACACCGAGAGGUUUCUGCAACUGUACAAUGUACAUUAUGUGAUUUUAAACGAUAAAAAAAAUACAAACUAAUGAAUUACAGAUCUAACA